AUGCAGUUCCUGUUUCGCAUGCUCACCUUCGCCGUCUUCGCAUUAGCCCUUCCCUCAGCCGAAAAGCAGGACUCCAGUGGCUCUCAGCAGAUUGGCAAAGGCGGAGCGCUCGUGACGGCUGGGCAGUGCAAAAUCGGCCAGCGUUACUGCUUUGGCGCCAUCGUUGGUGAUCUCAACGUGACCAAACAAGAUAUCCUCCACCAGUACUGCAACCAGAAGUACAAGAACGACUGGCAGAGCUGCAAUCGGUGCAAGCGGCCGUGGGCUAUGCCAGAGUGUUGGGACGGACCGGGAGCGUGGGCGAGUGUGUUCGAGUGCAAGGGUCCGGAGGUGUACAAAUGGGUAGAGAGGUGUGAGGGCUCGGGCUCGAUAUGCUCUGGCGGGACUUGUCGCUGGACAAGAGCUGAGGGCUUGGCCGAGUAG